UCCCGUAGCAGUUGUACCCAGCGUGUAUUGCUACUCCUCGACACAGUACUAAGAAACGUUUUGGCGCUUCUUGUACUUUAUCUUGAUUACUUCACUAGAUUUUAUCGCAAAAAUGGCUUCGACAGCAGCAGGCAAGCAGCGAAUCCCGAAAGUGGCGAAGGUGAAGAAUAAAGCUCCAGCUGAGGUUCAGAUCACAGCUGAGCAGCUUCUGAGGGAAGCGAAAGAACGAGAACUAGAACUUCUUCCGCCACCACCAAAGCAAAAGAUCACCGAUAAAGAAGAACUCAAUGACUACAAGCUGAGGAAGAGGAAGGCAUUUGAGGACAACAUCAGAAAAAAUCGCACCAUCAUCAGUAACUGGAUCAAAUACGCGCAAUGGGAGGAAAGCUUAACGGAAGUUCAGAGAGCUCGUUCUAUUUACGAGCGAGCGCUGGACGUGGACCACCGCAACAUCACACUGUGGCUGAAGUACGCCGAGAUGGAGAUGAAGAGUCGGCAGGUCAACCACGCCCGCAACAUCUGGGACAGAGCCAUCACCAUCCUGCCCCGCGUCAACCAGUUCUGGUACAAGUACACUUACAUGGAGGAGAUGCUGGGCAACGUGGCGGGCUGCAGGCAGACGUUUGAGCGCUGGAUGGAGUGGGAGCCGGAAGAACAGGCGUGGCAUUCCUUCAUCAACUUUGAGCUGCGCUACAAGGAAGUGGACAAAGCUCGCAGCAUCUACGAGAGAUUCGUCAUGGUUCACCCUGAGGUGAAGAACUGGAUCAAGUAUGCUCGUUUUGAGGAGAAGCAUGGUUACAUCUCUCACAGCAGGAAGGUGUACGAGCGGGCCGUGGAGUUCUUCGGGGAGGAGCACGUGGACGAGAAUCUCUUUGUUGCCUUUGCCAAGUUUGAGGAGACUCAGAAGGAGUUUGAGCGGGUCCGUGUGAUCUACAAGUACGCUUUGGACAGGAUCCCGAAGCAGCAGGCCCAGGAGCUCUUUAAGAACUACACAGUGUUCGAAAAGAAAUUUGGAGACCGGCGGGGAAUCGAGGACGUCAUCGUCAGCAAGAGAAGGUUCCAGUACGAGGAGGAAGUCAAGGCCAACCCACACAACUACGAUGCCUGGUUCGAUUAUCUCCGCCUGGUGGAGAGCGACGCAGAUCCCGAUACAGUGCGAGACGUGUACGAGCGUGCCAUUGCCAAUGUCCCGCCCAUCCAGGAGAAGAGGCACUGGAGACGCUACAUCUACCUGUGGAUAAACUACGCAUUGUACGAAGAGCUGGAGGUCAUGGAUGUUGACAGGACGAGGCAGGUGUACCAGGCCUGCUUGGAUCUGAUCCCUCACAAAAAAUUCACCUUCGCAAAGAUUUGGCUGCUGUACGCUCAGUUUGAGAUACGACAGAAGAAUCUACAGGGAGCGAGAAAGGUCAUGGGCACAGCCAUUGGGAAAUGUCCAAAAAACAAACUUCUGAAGGGCUACAUCGAGCUGGAGCUGCAGCUGCGGGAGUUUGACCGCUGCAGGAAGUUGUACGAGAAAUACCUGGAGUUCAGUCCUGAGAACUGCACCACCUGGAUCAAGUUUGCUGAGCUGGAGACCAUCCUGGGCGACGUGGACCGAGCCCGUGCCAUCUUUGAGGUCGCCAUUGGACAACCACGACUGGACAUGCCCGAGGUUCUGUGGAAGUCCUACAUCGACUUUGAAAUCGAGCAGGAGGAGUUCGGGAACACGAGGAACCUUUACAAAAGACUUCUGCAGCGCACCCAGCACGUCAAGGUCUGGAUCAGCUAUGCCAAGUUCGAGCUGUCCGUGGAAAGCAGCGACAGGCUGCAGAAGUGCCGCCAGAUCUUUGAGGAGGCCAACAAGAGCAUGAGGAGCUGCGAGGAGAAGGAGGAGCGGCUCAUGCUACUCGAGUCCUGGAAGGACUUUGAGGCCGAGUUUGGUUCCGACAACAACAGAGAGCGAGUCCACAAGCUGCUGCCCGAGAAGGUGAAGAAGAGGAGGAAGCUGACUGCCGAGGACGGGUCGGAUGCCGGCUGGGAGGAAUACUACGACUACAUCUUCCCUGAGGACGCCGCCAACCAGCCCAACCUCAAGCUGCUGGCCAUGGCCAAGAUGUGGAAGAAGCAGCAGCAGAUUGCCACAGAGGAGCAGCUUCCACAAACGACUCAAAGGCACGAGAUUUCAGAAGAUGUUCCAGAAGACCCAGUGGGGGAAACGGUAACUGAAGCCGAGAACACAUAUGACGACAGAGAUGACAGCAGCAGCAGCAGCGAGGACGACCAAGAUGAUGGGGAGAAGGAGAAAAACAGAGGCAACGAUGAAGCUCAGAAUUAGAUUUACAUUUGUCUGUCAUCAUUACAUGAGGACGUCGUCUUUGAAACAAAACUUUAUUUAGAAUUUACAGCAAUUGAAGAGAAUUGGGGACAUGUUUACUCUGUGGCUCCCUGAUGUCCACAAGUGUGAGGAGCUGUGGACAGUGCAUGUGUGACGUGAGGGUCAGAGAGCCACAAGGAUUGUUAUUCGAUGUCUUCGGGCCUUACAGGAUGCGGCAGUGGAAUGAUGGACUUCUUCUCCGUGUCUCUAGACAAAGCUUUCCUCAUGUCUGCAGACAUACAUGACAUGUAUCUCUCAUGUCCACCGACAUCAUGAGGACAAACUCAACAAGCGUCUCACCGUAAGCGUCCUCGUCUGGCUCUCCGUUGCUGGCCGAGUAAUACUCGAUGACAGUCCUGUAGACACUGUAACCCAGACGCUUGUACAUGUUGACCGCCACCUGGUUGGACACGCGCACAAACAGAUCCACGAAGAAGCCGCCCUUCCUGAGUGACAGGACCAGCAACUCAGCAAAAUAUAUUUUGUACUUGUGAUGGAAAUAAACUGGUAUGUCUGUG